AACGUCAUCCCAUUAUCAUCUAGUUUAAUGAAAAAUUUAGUGCGCACAUGCAAACCUACCAUGGAUUCUCCCCUCUGCUACGUCGUGUUCCUGGCCUUACUCGUACUUGAUUCUGUCUCCGGCGUGAGGUUCAGGUACACCAGUUAUUACUACAGCGGAUAUCGAUAUUACUAUAGAGGAUACAGCUAUACCUACUAUUACUACGCUGGGUCAUCGUAUGGAGGAGGGAUUGCCGGGAUCGUUGUCGGAUGUCUGAUCACCGUUGGCGGCAUCAUUGCCUGUAUCGUCUCUUUUUGUAUAUUGUGCAGACGAAGGAGAAGGACAGCCGGCCGACUCAUCACUCCGGCCGUAUACUCUCCUAAUACUACCUCCGCUACCGGAACUGUCGUGAUACAGGGUAACACCCCUAUACUUUGGGCAGAAGGCUCCCCACACGGACUCCAGGGCCAGGAGAGCGGACAUUUGCCGCCAUCCUACGAUAUGGUUGUUGCUGGUACUACUGCUACCUCAACAACCACUGCCGGUUCCGUCGGAGGUAUCUCUUCCCCAACCGACACGGAUACCGCUCAAAAAUUCUGAAGGCACAAAACUUACACCUGCAGUGCCUUAUUGUUUAGAAUCGCAUUGCUUGCCUUUCUGAUAAUCUGAUUAUAUGAUAUUUUAAAAAACAACUUUACAUCAUAUUAUAUUUUUAGGGGGUUUAGAAUCUCCAGAAAAAAACUAUUCCUUUUCAUAAAAUGCCCUUAUAUUUUUUUCAGUAUGCACUUCUCGUUAUACAAACAUGUUAUACUUAUUCAUGUGUGAAGUUUUUGCAUUUUAAAAUUUGACUCUGGCGUCAAGUUAGAGUUCAUACACAAAGCUGUACUCUUCGGAGAAAAUGAUACCUCAUUUCCGCUUUGUCUAAGCUCAUCUUAUUUAACUUCAUAUCAGUAUGUUUACAUUGCUCGCCGUUGUUUUAACAUAAUAUUUGUGUCAAUAAAGUUCUAUUACAUUU